UAAGAGGAUAACAUCCUCAAAUCAGCGCAUUCAGAGAAAAAUGGCAUUUUACAAAGCUAGUAUCCUUUCUCUCCUCCUAUUAUCUGGUAUAUUUCUGUUGGGAAUUGGUGAGGUGAAAUAUGUAAAUGCCAAGUCAUGUCUCCAGUUUUGUGAUAAUGAAGUGGCAUACAUGACUUGUCCCUCUUCAGGAGAUGAGCAAAUUAGUCCAGUAUGUGUCAACUGUUGCACAGCAGAUGAAGGUUGUAAACUUUUCCGCACUGAUGGAUCAUUAAUUUGUACUGGAACCCAAGAUUAACCGAUCCUUGUCAAAAAUGUAAUGAUUUAUUAAAAUCUUUAUACAUACUCAUAUCAUAUGUGUAAUGUGUGCAAUAAGGCCUGAGUUUAUGAUUACUCACGUGAUUUCUAAUGUGCAAUUAUGUUUGCAUCAUCCUUUGUCUAAGCUUGUAAAGAUAUGAAUAAAAAGCAAUAGUAAAUUAUAUUUAUUA